AUGUACAUCGAGAAUGAUGAGCGUCACCGGAAAAUUUAGGCGAAAAGAAGUCUAUAGAACGAUAGACGAUGGUGGGAAGCUAACGGGAGGGGAUAGUCGUUAGAUGUCUCCGUGUAAAGGUAAGGAUGAUCUAUUGGUUCGUUUAGUGGUCAACUAUGGUUAUUCACGGGGAUUGGUUCUUUCCGCUCCUCGCGUCGCUGCUCACGUCGAGAAGUUGAGGAAAGGAGGCGUCACCGGAAAAUUAUGACAAAAAGAUGUUUCCUGAAAGUUAGAAGAGCGAAAUAGAGAGAGAUGCGAGAGUAGGUCUGGACAGCUAUGAUUAUGCGGCGUUUGGUCUCAGCUCCUUUGAUUCUUACGUUAAGAUGCGGGGGAAGGAUGAAAGGUGGGGAAAAGUAUUGUUUACGCGAGCGUCAGCAUCGUAGAAAUUUCUGGAGUUUAUUAAAGAAUAUAGGUGUGGGUAAAGAAGGAGAUGCUUUUGAGGAAAAGAAAAGAAAUAAACAUGUUAAAGGAUAAAAUUCCCUAUUUAUAAUAUGAGGUCACUAUUCGCAAUAUUAUGAAUUUGAUGCGAGUUGCAGCGCUUGAUUUAUUAUUAUUCUUCGUACAAUUUCAUGGAGAUAAAACGAAGUUAACAGAAAGAGAAUGUCAAAGUACACGUCCAGGAAAUCGAAGUUCAGCAAUUGCCGCUGAACAUUUUUCUCGAUCUCCUCAAGGUUAUUCAAAAGCAUGCUUUUUAUCAUGUCUUCAACUAAAUAACGGUUGGGCAAAUUUAGUUCGAUUUUCGCAAUGAGAAAUUCGACGCAAUCGUUGACGAGAUUCGUUAGCGAAUAUAGAUGUUUUUGCCGCGCGUCGAUGCACCCCGCAAUAUUUCUGAGGCCUUCGAACGUGAUUUUCUGUAUUACUAUCGACGGCGAGUAGGUCUUGUGUUUCUUCUUCUGUAGCUUCGUCACUGUCUCGGAAUCCUUUGUCGUGGCCUUCUCUUCUUCGCGAUUACACGUCACCAUUAUUGCUCUUGAGCCGUAGGUAGUGAUGAAAUAGUCACGUUCUUUAGGAUCAAGGGCUGUGAUGUAAUUUUAUCAGUCCCGCACAAGUAAGAAUUCACGAGUUCAAAUUCCUCUUGAAACUUCUCCCACGCUUCGAGUUUGAGGUAGAUAUAAUCCGCCGAAUUUCCAAUUAGUUUUAUCGCCACUUCGUACCUCCCGGCGUCGUUUGCUUGCAGACCCAUUUGUACCCUCUUCGUAUCCGAAUUGUUCAAAGCGUAUGUUGUAGACAGUAACAUGUUUUCCUUUCGAUUAAAAUGUCGACCUCUUGUGGAGUCACUGCGGGUGUUAUUACAUCCAUCCUUCUUGAUAUUCUGCUUCGUGUUGUUAGCAGCCAUUAUAUUUUUCACAGUCGCUCCUUGAAUAAUUUUAAUAAAUGUCAACUUUUCGUAGCACUGUAACGUGACUAACGGCGUGCUACUGAUUGUAUGAAACCUGCGAUCAAGAGCGGUUUUAUAGGACCUCGAGAGCGUGAAAAAUGCAGAGGAAGUAUACGUGUCAAAAAUGUUUAUUUAAUAACAUUUUUCAAUUACAGUUCUCUAAAGCACUUUUCUAAUGUGUUUUUCUAAGAUAUUCUAACGUCAAUAGCGAGGGACAAAUGCGUGGGCCUUUAAACGCGAUAAUUUAUCGCGACUAAUGAUAAUAUUUUAUACCGGUUACUUCCCCUCCUUUGUAUAUUAGUCGUCACGUUUAUCUCUCAGGCUUUUCCUCGUCUUGCAGCAUCCUUUAAGCGCGACGGCUUGCCGUGACUAUCGAUAAUAUUCUAUAGCAGAUGCUUCUAAUUCCGUUCUUUGUAUGUUAGGCGCUUGCGUUUUUGUCUUAGGCUUUUCCACGCACCUAGUUGUUUUGUCACUUUUCCGAAUUCAGGUUUGAAAAAAGCGGUCCUGAGCGGGUGUCGUAUCUAUGUUGGGCUCGUAUCGGGGGAUCGUAAUGCCGGAGACAAAAGAUGCUUGUCAAAAAAUAAGUUUUCUCACGUUCUUAUUAAGCGUAUAAAAAGAAAUGGUGACAUAAGCUGUCAUAUUUGGAAUAUGUCGCGAUCCGGGAAAUUAGUAGCCGUCUAUUAUAAUAGUCGGCACAAGUGAAAAAUAGUUAGCGGUAUUUCAUCUCACGUCUUCGACGUGCCAGGUCAAAGAUACCGACGAAAAUACGGUUAGAAUCCGCUUUUGACAAAGAGAGUGAUUUUCCUAGAGGAAGUGCGUCGCUACAUACUCGUAUCGUUCUUUUGUCAGAGAAUAAGGGCGGGUUCUCGCUUGUCCGGUAAAGAAAAACAAUUUCGAAAACGCGUAAACCUUGCUCUCGCCUUACUAUCAGUGAGCGUGUUUUUGACGAUAAAGAUUAAUAAUUUUAAAAACUCGUUCUUCUUUCUUUGGAGAAACGUUUUGUCGUAGGAAAGAGAGGUAAAGUUUUGGGGAUAUAAAUGCGAGGAGAAACUCCGGUUUCGCAUUUUCUCCUCGUUAGUUUUCCGCCGUGAAACGUGUUACAAUAUCACGAGUGGAUGCGUUAGUGCGCGAAUUUAUCGUUACAGCUUCUUAUGCCGGUACGAAUAUCGAUAUCACACGAUAUUUGGCGCGUAUUUCCGCCGAUGACGCGGAAAGUUAUAUCAUAUUUUAUAAAUUCGCAUGCGCUUGUAGUAGCAUGCUGCUAGCGCUUUUAUUUAAGUGCAAUAAAUUUUGGAGUGAUCCGGAAUUAAUAAAAAUAAUCAGAGAAAUUCUAAUAUUUCGACGGGAUUUUGAGGAGGACAUCGUGUAGGGAAUUAUCGUCGACGUGAUAUCCAUGUAACAGGUAAGUUAUUACAUUAUUUUAUACUGAAAAUUAAAACUUUAUAAUUUACGCGAAUUUUAAGAAUAAUUAUUGUUUUAUUGUUUCAUAAGCUCUGCUUCCGUAAUCACCGGUACCAGCGGGAGGGAGGCACUUGAACUUCUUCCGCGAGGUCGUAAACGCCUCGCGGAGGAACCACCAUACCCGAAUCAGGCGAUUUCGCGUAGGUACAAAUCGAGAGGAGUAUCGGAUUUAAGGUGCUUUAUUGGAUAAAUUAUCUAAAACUAAAAUUAAUAAUAAAUUAAUAAAUUUGAGGUCCCUAACAAUGCUCCGACAUCGGAAGCCAACCUAUCGGAAUCCGACAGUAUUUGUAGCAUGGAAACGGUUGUUAACGAGACCGCUGCUGUUGAACCCAUAGGAAAUAGUGGGAAUGAUAUCCGCUCUACCGAGACGGUAGCCGUCGACGACAACAGUGGCGACGGUGAUGGAGACGGCGACAGCGACGGCGAUGGUGGCAACGUCCCCGUCGUCAAUGACUCCGGCAAUGGCGUCAAUGUCGGUGAAGACGAUGGUAACGGAGGCGAGAAUAAUGACGACGGAGAGGAGCGCGACAACGACAAUACCGGGGAUAACGCUAAAGACGCUCGCCACUAUCGAGAGUUUUCUUCGGGAAUAUCAGAUAAGAACUUUCGCGCGAAUCCACGCGCUUGUGUGUAGACGCGGGAUUCUCUCGAUGUAUAUUUUUACAUUCGAAUUUGAAUUUACGUUCGAAAUGGAACCGGCGCGAGAGGAAUCUAUGCCGGAAGAAGUUCCUCACAAGCGCGGUAAGAUUUAAUUAUAUGUAAAAUUUAAUUAUAUUGUAACGAAGCGUUAUUGAGCCCGUGCCUGAGGGCUCAUCCACACCGGCUCGACUGAACAUACAUUGGGUCGGUGUCUACGGCGUUAAGCGCCACUUUAAUGGCCACGCAGCCUUUCACUCACCCGCACGUGAUCCGACGUUGCAGCGCCCUGGGUGGGGGUAGCGCGACGCGGGUCCGUGUAGGUAUAAAAGCCGAACGCUCGAGACACUUGGCACUAUUCCCGUCGCUGCGGCCGCAACAGCCACAGCGACUUCCGAAGGUGUGCUCGCCUCUCGAUGCCGUGCUCUCGCGGCAUUACGAUCCUGGCUCCGCUCUCCGACGGUGUGCUCGCCGUUCGACGCCGUGCUCUUGCGGCAUCACGAUCCUGACUUCGCUUUGCGAGGGUGUGCUCGUUCUCGACGCCAUGCUCUCGCGGACGCUGUUCCUGAUCUACGACGGUGUGCUCGCCGCUCGACGCCGUUCUCUCGCAGCAUCCCGAAUUCCGCUUCCCGAAGGUGUGCUCACCUCCGACGCCGUGCUCUUGCGGCAUCUCGCCCCGACCGGGUGAUUGCGAACUGCGAAGGAUUGGAGUUGUGUGCUUUGUCGGUUGCUGCCGACUCCCCCAGUUCUUUACCCACCUAGUUAUAGAAACCGCGACCGUUCGCUAGUUAUAAGACCGCGACCUCCCGCGUCCGCGUAGACUAAGUUCGUGUCCGUCAUGCAUAUGUCCGCGUCGGCGUUCGCAUAAACCUGUAUCCGCGACCGCGAUCACUCUCGUCUGCUCGUAUAACACCGCGACCGUUCACGAUCAUUAAUUGUAAGACCGCGUCCGCCUAGACUAAGCCCGCAUUCGUUCGUCCACGCCUAUGUCCGCGACCGCCCACGUCGCUGUUGCGAGGUCCCGUAGCCAUCUUUACCCCGCGCCUGUAUAUUUGUACGUGAAGCAUUCGCAAUAAAACUGUUUCUUGUUUCGUUCAA